AUGAAUCUUACUGUGAAACUUCGUAGAAGUUUCAGAACACUGAUCAUUCUCUUAGCCACCUUCUGUUUAGUAAGCAUAGUCAUUUCUGCCUAUUACUUAUAUACAGGCUACAAACAGGAAAUGGCCAUUGUUGAAACCACUGGAGAAGCAGAAUGUGAGGACCUUAAACUUUUACCAUACAGGUCCAUGGAACUGAAAACUGCCAAACCAAUUGAUCCAUCUAAGACCGAUCCCACUGUCCUCCUGUUCGUUGAAAGCCAGUACUCCCAGCUUGGGCAAGAUAUUAUAGCCAUCCUUGAGUCUAGUAGAUUCCAGUACCAAAUGGUGAUUGCACCUGCAAAAGGUGAUAUUCCUCCUCUUACAGACAAUGGCAAAGGGAAAUAUACACUUGUUAUAUAUGAAAAUAUUUUAAAAUAUGUGUCUAUGGACUCAUGGAAUAGAGAGCUUCUGGAAAAAUACUGUGUGGAAUACAGUGUUAGCAUAAUUGGUUUUCAUAAAGCCAAUGAGAACAGCUCCCCAAGAACUAAACUAAAAGGAUUUCCUUUACACCUCUACAAUAAUGUACCCCUCAAAGACUGUUUUGUAAACCCACAGUCUCCUCUAUUGCACAUUACCAAAGCACCCAGGGUUGAGAUGGGCCCAUUGCCUGGGGAAGACUGGACUGUUUUCCAAUUUAAUCAUUCCACCUACCAACCCGUGCUUUUAACAGAAUUACAGACUUCCAGGCCUCUCCCUGCAUCAUUGCCUAACACUGCACUGUAUGCUACAGUAAUUCAAGAUUUGGGGCUUCAUGAUGGGAUUCAGAGAGUCCUUUUUGGAAAUAACUUGACCUUUUGGCUGCACAAGCUGAUCUUUAUAGAUGCCAUUUCUUUCCUAUCUGGGAAGAAGCUAACAUUGUCUUUGGAUAGAUACAUUCUUGUCGACAUAGAUGACAUCUUUGUUGGAAAGGAAGGAACAAGAAUGAAUAUCAAUGAUGUCAAGGCAUUACUAGAGUCUCAAAAUUUACUGCGCACUCAGGUUGCAAAUUUUACCUUCAACCUUGGAUUUUCAGGAAAGUUUUACCACACAGGAACGGAAGAGGAAGAUGAAGGUGAUGACCUGUUAUUGAGAUCUGUGGAUGAAUUCUGGUGGUUUCCCCAUAUGUGGAGUCACAUGCAGCCUCAUCUGUUCCACAACGAGUCUUCACUAGUGGAGCAGAUGAUUCUCAACAAGGAAUUUGCACUAGAGCAUGGUAUUCCAACUGGUAUGGGCUAUGCGGUGGCUCCGCACCAUUCUGGGGUCUACCCAGUACAUGUUCAGCUCUAUGAGGCCUGGAAGAAGGUCUGGAGUAUCAGGGUCACCAGCACAGAAGAGUAUCCCCAUCUGAAACCUGCACGACACAGACGGGGCUUCAUCCAUAAUGGCAUCAUGGUACUCCCCAGGCAAACCUGUGGCCUUUUCACUCACACAAUUUUCUACAAGGAAUAUCCUGGAGGUCCUCUAGAACUGGACAAAAGCAUCCAAGGAGGGGAACUCUUCCUCACCAUCCUCCUGAAUCCUAUCAGCAUCUUCAUGACACAUUUGUCCAACUAUGGGAAUGACCGCCUAGGGUUAUACACCUUUGUGAAUUUGGCCAACUUUGUUAAAAGUUGGACUAAUUUAAAACUACAGACUCUACCUCCAGUUCAGCUCGCUCACAAAUACUUUGAACUCUUCCCUGAACAAAAGGACCCUCUCUGGCAGAAUCCAUGUGAUGAUAAGCGACACAGGGAUAUCUGGUCAAGAGAUAAAACUUGUGACCAUCUACCAAAAUUUCUUGUGAUAGGACCCCAGAAAACUGGAACAACAGCACUUUAUUUAUUUCUUCUCAUGCAUCCUUCCAUCAUCAGUAAUCUCCCUAGUCCAAAAACAUUUGAAGAAGUUCAGUUCUUUAAUGGAAACAACUACCACAAGGGAAUUGACUGGUAUAUGGGUUUCUUCCCCAGCCCUUCCAAUGUUACAACUGACUUCUUGUUUGAGAAAAGUGCCAGCUAUUUCCAUUCAGAGGAAGCUCCCAAACGAGCAGCUUCCUUGAUCCCCAAGGCCAAAUUCAUCACCAUUCUCAUUGACCCAUCUGAUCGGGCAUAUUCCUGGUAUCAGCACCAACGAUUUCAUGAGGAUCCCACUGCUCUGAAGUUCAAUUUUUAUGAAGUCAUUACCUCAGACCAUUGGGCUCCCUCAGAAUUAAGAACUCUCCAGAAGAGAUGUUUGACCCCUGGAUGGUAUGCUACUCAUAUAGAAAGAUGGCUAACUCACUUUGCCACUUCACAGUUGCUAAUUAUUGAUGGACAGCAGCUAAGAAGUGAUCCAGCUACUGUGAUGGAUGAAGUGCAGAAAUUUCUGGGAGUCUCACCUCAUUAUAAUUACUCUGAAGCUCUAACGUUUGACCCUCAGAAAGGCUUUUGGUGUCAGCUACUAGAAGGAGGGAAGACAAAAUGCCUGGGAAAGAGCAAAGGCCAAAAAUACCCACCAAUGGAUCAAGAGUCUCGAGCUUUUCUUUCAAGCUACUACAGAGAUCACAACGUGGAAUUGUCCAAACUACUGCAUAGACUGGGACAACCUCUGCCAUCAUGGCUCAGACAGGAACUACAGAAAGUGAGAUAGCACUGAAGUUCAGGGGACCAAAGUCUUUAAUGACACUUACCUUCAGCAUAAACCCCUUUGCUUUCCCCGACUUACAUGUGAUCAUCACUGGAGGGCUUCAUAAAUAACUCUUUCUCAAAAAAAA